UAAUGACAAAACCUCUACUGAGUACUGUACAGUACCUCAUGCAGUCCGUGAAAAAACAAGGAAAAGUCCGGAUCCCUGUGAACCGGAACUGUGGAAUAGAGUUACCGCCCUUGUAUUGAAAUGGCUACGAGUGAGAAGUCCCAUUUCACGACGGAGGCAGAUGUUGAGCAUAAAGUAUUGAAGUACAAAUCCUACCUGGAAACCAACCCAAAUGGCAACAAGGUGCUGUAUAUUUUUACACGAUUGUCUGAAAUGUGGAUCACCAUUGCUAUUUUACAGAAAACUGGAAUAGGAAAAGUUGUGAACAACUUUAGAAAAAAAGAUGGUGAGAUUGGACAACUUGCAAAAGAUAUUGUCGCUAAAUGGAAGUCGAUGGUAGCCCUGCGAUUGGAGGCUGAAGAGGAAGCUCGUGAAUCGGCUAAUCAGGUGAAUGGAGAGAGUGAAUCUGGGUCGGAAUUGGAACCUGACAACAAAGACAGGAAUGAGGAUUCCCAGUCAGACAAUGGAAUGCUGGAGGAGGAGGAGGAGGAAAUUAAAAAUGUUGACAGCAGCUCUGAUGCUGAGGAAAGAAAUUUUUGUCGUGUAUCUGAUGAUGAGAGAAAAGUAGUAGCAGAGAAUGUGCAAAAAGACAAAAUACAAAGUGACAGACACCAAGAGAAAGAUCACAGAAGAAAAAAGCUUGAGGAACAUAAAGACCAAAAUUCAGAUAGAAAACAUAAAAGUUCAGAUAGUAAGCAUAAGGGUUCAGAUAGUAAGCAUAAGGGUUCUGAUAGUAAGCAUAAGAGUUCUGAUAAGUAUUCAGAACUUAAAAACAAAACUGAGGAAAAGAAGCACAAACGUGAAGAGGAUGAAAAGAAAGUAAAAAAAUCAGAAAAGAAAAACAAUGGUACAGAAAGUAUCAACAAAUCUUCAGAAUCUAGUCAUAAAAGUUCAAAAAAAGAUGAUAGACAUUCUCAUACAGACAGACAUUCCAAACAACAAGACAAGCUGCCAGAAAAAGAAGAGGGUCAAGUAAAAUCUUCAGAGUCACAGAAACCUUCCUUUGAAAAGAAAGCAGAUUCUGAGAAGUCUGAGAGUUCAUCAGCUUCUAGGAGAGACGAGCCACAGAAGGAUGGACAUCAUAUGAAAAGUGAAACCAGCAAGAAUGUGAUAAGUGCAUUGGAUACCCUAGGCCUUGUGUCAUCAAAAUUGAAUGACACGUUAGACUCCAAAGCUGACAGUGAUGAUGACCCUUUACAUUGGGAAAUGUUGGAGUCAUUGGAACAAGAAAAGGCUUCACCUCGGCAGGAAAAACUUUGGAAUCCCAAGGUUGACGUGAAUAGCCAUUCUAUAAUAUGUGAUUCUCAAAAAUUGAAAGAUUCUGGAAAAAAACAUGUAAGUCAAGUUUUGACGGAUAGUAAAGUGUUGGCAAAAGAAAGGGACUAUUCAAAAGAGCAUGACUCCAAGCACAAACACAAGGAAAAGUCCUCCAAAUCUCACCACAGUGGACAGAAGGAAUGUUCAACAGAGAGAGAAAAACAGCAUCAUGAUGAAUCGAGUCAUAAACAUAAACAUUCCAAGCAUAAACAUAAACAUUCAGAUACAGAGAAAGAACACAAGCAUUCAAAGCGGGACAAGUCUGAUAGAAGGGAGAUAAUUUCAGGAAAGAAAGAAUCUGAAAAACAAGCGCCAAAGGAUGAAGAUUACAUUGACAAAGGACAAUCGAAGGAAAAAGAAAGGUCUAGUAUAUUAGAAUCCUUAUCUAGUGAGGUUGACCAAGGGACAUUUGCUCCCGAAGAUGUACCUGGUCUCUGGUUCCUAAAUUCAAAAAAUAAUAGUUUUUUAGCGGGUAAAGAGGACGCGGAGAGUUCAAAGUUAGAGGUGCCUUGUGAGAGUUCCAGUGUUAAAGUUGAUUCAUGUGGAAAUGACAAAAAACAGGAUAGUAUCAAUUUGUCUGAUAAAACUUCAGAAAAUGACAAAAAAGACAGAAAAAAACAUAAACAUUCCAAAGACAGAGAAAGCUCCUCAAAAAAGCAUAAAUCUCACAAAGAUUCUAAAUCCAGACACGAUUCCAAGCAUCACAGCAAAAAACGAAAACAUUCAUGUGAUGAUGAUUCAAAAUCCUCAAAAGCGCGUCGUACGAGCAGCCAAGAUGGAAUGUCUUUUGAAGAUCUCCUAACUGCAGGUGCUAGUGAUGCUAAUAAGUCUCAGGCAGCCAAGUUGUCUCAAAAUGAUUAUGCAAAGUUGAAAUCGAAAUUCAAAGUGAAAAAGAAGGGAGAGGAUGAUUCUGCUAAAAAAGAUGGAUCAAAGCUAAAGAUGCAGGUCACUGAGGAUGAAAUCCUUGGGGCACUUCCUCAGCCAAACACUCAUUACAGGCCAUGGAGGCUGAAAGACGUUGAGGAGAAAAAGAAAACUGAAGAAGAACUCUUGGAUGAAUUUAUAGCUGGCACAAAGACCACAGGAAGAACACAAAUGUACUCUGGGAAAAAACAAAACUUUGUACCAGAGGUGUACAAGCUGUUUGACAUGUGUAUGACCGUCCUGUGUAAUAACAUUGACAGUUUAGAGUUUGUCGGUGGUGUGCCGUUUGAUAUCCUGAAACCUGUGCUUGAAAAAUGUACUGCUGCUCAAUUGUACCGACUAGAGGACUUCAACCCUCAUUUCCUGGAGGACACCGAUCCUCUUUGGAUGUCUCAUUGCCACAAAGAAUUCAGGCUGAGUAAACCUGAGGAGAUGGAAACAUGGAGAGAACACUAUUUGAGGAAGUUUGAUGAGAGAGAAGAGAAACUGAAAAAAAUCAGCGCCAACAUCACUGCCUCAAUGGCCAAAAAAGUGCCAGAGAGGACUACACAGCUAGCCUAUAUAGACUCGGCAGCAAAACCUCCAAGAAAUGUCCGUCGGCAGCAGGCAAAGUACGGCACUGCAGGACCAUCCUCUGGAGAAAGGUCCCGGGCACGAUUUCUACCAAGUAUGGAUCCAAUACCUAUAGGACGGUCGGGGUCAAAAGCUGUGAAAACAUCAGCACCAAUGAUGGCAAAGACACUGACCAUGAUAAAAAAGAUGAGACGCUAAUGAAGACAUCACUGAUGAAGAUGUCGCUGAUGAAAACAUCGUUGUUGGCAUCACUGAUGAAGGCAUCGCUGUUGGCAUCACUGAUGAAGACAUCGUUGUUGACAUCACUGAUGAAGACAUCGUUGUUGACAUCACUGAUGAAGACAUAGUUGUUGACAUCACUGAUGAAGAUGUCGCUGUUGACAUCACUGAUGAAGACAUCGUUGUUGACAUCACUGAUGAAGACAUCGUUGUUGACAUCACUGAUGAAGACAUCGCUGUUGACAUCACUGAUGAAGACAUAGUUGUUGACAUCACUGAUGAAGAUGUCGCUGUUGACAUCACUGAUGAAUACAUCAAUGUUGACAUCACUUAUGAACACGUCACUGUUGACAUCACUGAUGAAGACAUCGCUGUUGACAUCACUGAUGAAGACAUCACUGUUGACAUCACUGAUGAAGAUGUCGCUGAUGAAGAUGUCGCUGUUGACAUCACUGAUGAACACGUCACUGUUGACAUCACUGAUGAAGACAUCGCUGUUGAAAUUACUGAUGAAGACAUCGCUAUUGAUAUUGCUGUUGACAUCACUGAUGAAGGUGUCACUGUUGACGUCAUUUAUGAAGGCAUUGCUGUUGACAUCGCUGUUGACAUCACUGAUGAAGACAUCACUGUUGAUGUCAUUGAUGAAGACAUCACUGAUGAAGAAAUUGCCAAUGAAGAUAUCAAUCACUACAUCAUCGAUGAAAACAUUGGUUAAUAGCCACACAACAUAUAAGCAGACUUUUUUUCUUAUCUUAAAACUGUAAUUUACUCAUGAGACCUUUUAAUGCAUAAUUAUUAAUCCUGCUAAAAUCGAGCAUUUCUAUUGCUAGAAAUUGUUAUGAUCACAUUACAUAAAAACACAUUGGUGUUUGCAAUGUAUGUUUUGCACAUUUCUCAGGGGAAGAGUCCAUUGAAAAGCAAAAAAAAAAAGGAGGGAUAGUCCAAUCAAUGUAGGUCACAUUGUAAGAUUUUACUUAUGUUUUACACGUCAUGGUCCGUAGUUUAUUUGCACUUCUGAUAAUCAUAUAGGUUUCUAGGCCUUUAAUGCAUGUAUGUUGUACAUAUGCCAAAGUUUGUCAGAGAUCUAGCAGCUUCAUUACUUUAGGGAUUUGGAUCAAACUUGACACAAUGAUAAAUCAUAAUAUCUCAGACAAGUUGGAAUUUCAGUACUUUGGGGUUAAUGUUACUAUGUUUAGUGUGAAUCGCUAUUGGACAUGAAUUCUAUGAAUGUGAAAUGGACGUUGAAUGAAGUAUAAAUUAAUUAUUGUAGGUUAACAGAUUCAUUAAGGUUUGAAAACCAUUAAUUAUCCAAAGUUAUAGUCUCCUACUGAAACAAGGUACAUAGAAUAUUGUAAAUGCCGUUCAAAUUGUUCUAGUCCCUUAUAUGUUUUAAUAUCUUUAGUUGCAAUCAUGUGGAACACUGAUCGGCCGGUGAGACGUAACCUACAACAGACUGAGAAAUGUAGGUAGUAACCUUGUAACUAUUUUUCAUUUUUCCAUAUACUUCAGUCUGAGAAAAUUUGUUUUGCUAUUGUUUUCAUUUUGAUAUGCAGUAUGGUGUUUAUUAUAUUCCCGUAACGAAGUUAGGACAACUCUUCCUAAACCAGUGGGCCGAUUCCAAUGACACUUCACACUAAUAGAGAGGACCAUGUGUAUGUGCAUGCAGCUGUUUAAAUUCCAAAAUUUUGGUUGCCAUGGUUACUGGUCACUAUUCAUAGGUUUUUCUUGUCCGGACAACUCCUUUUAAACUUGUGAACCCAUUUUCACAAAAGUUCACGGGAAUGUUAGGGGACAUGUACAGAUGUGCAUGCAGCUGUUUAAAUUCCAUUUUUUUUUUGUAACUGGUCACUAUAAACAGGUUUUUAUUGUCCAGACAACUUUUCCAAAACUUAUGGACUGAUUUCAACAAAACUGAUGACUAAAUUCUCAUUAUUAUGAACAACACACAUUUCAGCCAUUCUGAAUUUCAGUAAUAGAGGCAUGCACAGGUGAUCUUAGUUAGCCUCUACAUAACAGUUCCUGUUGUCCAUUGACACUCAAGCGGAGUGCGGGGGUAUUAGUCAGCAAUCAUGGCGACUGUUCUAGUUUUGUUUUUUUCUAGAGAUACAUGAAGUUAACAUAACAUAAACUUGAUACAUGUAUAUGAUGUUAUCUCUGAAAUUUAAGUUACUACUUGUAUAAGUUAAAAAAAAUCAUUUUUUAUGAUAUGAAUUUAUAUACACUGUAAUUUCUAUGAGGAAUAUUUCCGUAAAGUAUACAUCUGAUGGAAGGACUUCAGAAGUAAAGAAAUUCUAUGAUAUGUCAGGUGGAGAAGAGCAUGGUACUGCUUCAAUUAAAUCAUUUUUUGGUUUUUCCUCAUUUGACAAACCGUGAGGCCUCUCAUUGGUUAAAUAGUUUACUGGAAUAAUCCUAAAAAUUUAAUUUAGUUUGUGAUAUGAAGAAAUGGAGUGCAGUCAAAUUGUAUGUAUGCUUACUUGUGUUGAUGGAAUGGUGCUAUUUC